UCUGAUCCUGACAGAUGAUAGUGCGAAGAAAGGCAAGUGCUGUGCAGUGUGUGACAGGAUCUAAUUUUGAAGUUUCAGCUGAUUUUGACAUUUUUAACCAGUUUGUGCUUGUAUUCAAGUCGGUAAAAGAUAGUGCUUAUCAAUUCCUGAACUGAAUUGUGUCUAAAAAGUGCGGUUUCAAUGUUAUUUGCACGUUAUUUAUUUAUUUAAAUUUGAGCUAUGUAUACCUCAUUACUUUUACCCAGUAAAGUGAAGUACUUCUUAGAAGUGUGCCAGGUCUCGUUGAGAGCCGAUCUAUAUGGGGCAAUGCGUCUCCAGUAGGUCGGAGAAGGGAGUACUUGCACGAAGCAAAGGGGCACCACCCACCAAAAAUCCCUUCAAACAUCGUCAUAUCAAGAUGGACAAGGGCAAGCAGCAGCAGUCGGCAAGCGCACACGCACACACACGCGGUGAGGCAAUGUCGUUCGGCUUCAAGCGACCGACGACCGCGCAUGCGCAGUUGCCAGCAGCCACCCCCGCCCCCGCCGCCUCCGACGAGAAGAAGGAGUUGUCUUCGGUCGACUCACUAGUCAUGCAACAGAAUUGCACUGCUCGCUCUGGAACCCCCAGGCUAGCCCGUCCGAAGAAGGACGCGACCGGUAACAGUAAUACGCGCACAAACAGAUUUGGAUUCAGGAACACAACUGCUCUCUCCAACAAAGUGGCUGACUCGCAGAAGAGCGACACGUCUUCCUUGUACAUUAAUAAUUAUGCCGACAACACUCCUUCUCGGACCGAUUCCAAAUCUUCCGUAGUAAAGUUGAGCAGCAACCGUAGCACGGCGUCUUCUGACUCGGCGCGAUCGGCGUCGUCUUUGAGCGACGACAAUCACAGCAGCAGUAGGGCGUCGUCGAAGGGAGGAGCCAAGUCGCAGUCGCAGCCGCAGCCGUCUGCGACCCGCUUCACACUGCUCACGAGCCACCUGCCGCGGCCGCAGUUUCCGGUGCGACUGGCCGCGUCAGCCGCUCACUACAAGUCGCCGGACAAGUCGGCCAAGACGGCUGCCAACAACUACACCGCUCGCAAGGCGGCCCACUCCGACAACGGCAAUGGCUCGUCUGCCUCCUCUACAACAGAUGCUGAUUCUGGAACUGGUAGUCAGAAGAAUGGUGAUUUGGAUGCGCAUGGCAUCACAACUCUUGAAGAAAGCCCAAGUGCCAAAAACAAACUUCGCAAGAAAUCACGACCGUUGGAAAUGGUGUUCCUGAACAACGAGAAGAAAACGUUCGAACUGCGUGAGCUGCAAGACUCGAUCGAGGUGACAGAGAUAGUGCCACUGGAGCUGCCUGUCGCUGCGUCGGGCAGCGGUCGCAUUGUGCAGGAGAGGGGGGGAUUUGUGCAGGAGAGGGGGGGCAUUGUGCAGGAGAGAGCUCGCGCCUACCAGCAGGCCACCAUGCAGCCGCAGCUGCAGCAGCAGCAGCUGUUCUCGUCCGAUGAGGAGGAAAGCGACGAGGGAUUCGAUGAUGAAGGCUGUGGCGAAGAGAAACAACAUAGAGACCGACUGCUGAGUGAGAAGGUGGAACGGAGCAACUGCCUGGGCGGAGGGGAGGGAGACGCCGACGAACUGUGGGGGCACGGGGAGGCCAUGAUAGGUGAAGAUGACUUAUCCAAUCCAUCCAGCGGCGAAAACAAUGGAGAAGACAUAGACAAGAUGAAUCCUCCUCUGCGGUCGGUGCUUCUGAAGAUUGAGGACCCGGCGUUCGCGACGCUGGCCGCGAUGUCGACAUCCACCAUGCUGGAGGACGAGACCUCACCCGACUUCAGCAGCUCACCUCCCAGCUCCACUGCAGACCUCGGCCUCGAACUCACUCAGCCUACUGUUCAGCUCGACAAGAAAAAUAAUUUAGUGGGAGGAAGCCCAGAGAGCCCGGGCACACCGACGCACGCAUCUAACUCGCUGUCUCUGUCGGAGGGCAGAGGUGACUUCCUGAUUGACGACGAGAUCGCCGACCAACCGGGCCUCGUGUUCGACGAGACGGUAACCGCCAACUCGUCCGCCAACACCAUCAUGCCAAACAGCAACGAUACCACGCCCAUUGCCGUGGAGUUGCCGCCAAAAACAACAGGGAGAAUCGGACAAUUGUCACACGAUAGCCCGGCUCAUCACAACUCUGUGGGGACUCUUUCUCCUUGCGAGAGUAUCACAUCAGACGACAUGAUGAUCGACUACAACCCCAGUGAGGCUAGCAGUUUCGAUGACAUUAAUGUUGAUCGAAGAUUGGAGAUGAUAGGCUUGAGUGAAAAUGAAGAAGCCGCCUUGAGGUCUGACAUUGAAGCAAUCAAGAACGAUGAAGUGUUGAAGGAGUGGUCUUCUCGACUGUCACUUGGAAUGGGCAAUGGGGUGAGAGCGACACAUUUUCUGCGUUCGCGUGUUGGCAGUACGGGGAGUGGUGGUGGGGGUGGAGACUCCCCUCGCUCCCUUCCUCUUGACACCCCGCGCCUUAGGGGAAGCCCUCUGCGCCCUUCCAGACAGGGGAACAGUUCUCCCGGAGAAGACUUCAGUGAGGACUCUGGAAUUCGGCUAGACCGGACAACUCACCAGGACAUGUUUCAGGAUGUGAUUAGCAUCAAAACAAUGCUUUUGAGAUUAACACGUGUUCUUCAAGAGACUGAUCAAGUGAAUGCCUUCGAGAAUUCAUUGAAUAAUGGAUAUUACAAUUUGGGAAAUGAAGGCUCACAAGAGGAUGUUACAAGUCAGAAAAAAGAAAUAGCUGAAGAAAUAUCUGACUUGAAACGACAGGUCUUGUUCUUGCAGCAACAAUUGGAGGAGAGGGACCGCACCAUUUCGGGGCUGCAGACCCGGCUGCAGGAGACCCGGACUCCCCCCUCCACUGAUCCGCCCCCUCAACACCCCCGCCAAGCCUGCAAUGCUGCCACACAAACCGAGCGGGUGCGACCUCUGUCAUCAGGCCCAUCUCUGUUACAGGGUCUACCAACUGACAGCAUGGGCGGCAACCUAGUUAGCUUUCGCCUGGGAAAGAAUUAUAGUCAAUUCGAUUGAAGCGUGUGCUCGCGCGUCGACGCAACAGUCCAAGUGUCCACCACCAAGUGGUGGCACCCUGUCUAGUCGAGUGCCGGUGGCGCCCUGGAGGAAGCAAUCGGCAGAGCAGGCGCCUCGCAAACUCCCCACCACACCGCUCCCCCAGCGGCGGAAAGCCUCCUAACCCGACAUUCCAUCCAUGGAACCAACUCUUGGCUAGUUGUUUCGUCCAACUCAACUCCUGUUUGUUCUCCAGAGGGCUUCUUCAACAAACAUGGGAUUUCUUGACGGCUUCUUCAAUAGACAUCCAAGGGAAUUCAUGAGGACUUCUUCAAGAAACGGGGAAAUUCAAGAGGACUUCUUCAAGAAACAGCGGAAUUCAUGCGGACUUCUUCAAGAAACAUGAGAAUGAUGAGGACUUUUUCAUGAAUCUUGAAGACUUCAUCAAAAAUAAGAAUUUUCUCUCAAUAAUUGCAGCGUUCCUGUUAUCAGAGGUCUCUCUGAAAGUAGCAUCGAAUGAGGCAUUGAAUACUUGUUGAAUAAGUACUUCAUUAAAUUUUAGAAGUAAUAUAAAAUAAAAUAAAAAUACUAUUCACUAGGCGGAGUUGAGAUUUGGAGAGCAUUCUCUACUACUCACGUGACGGAUAUAACUGUAACAAAAAAUAUUAAUAAAAUCUAUCAUACUUCAAUGUAUUCUAUUCAUUCCAAGAAGUAUUUGAAUGAAUGAGUGCUUCAAUUCAAAAUGUGUCACCUGCCACAGUCCUUCUCAAAGGCUUUCUUCCUCUUAUAGAAAAGUAACUGAGUGAAAGAGUUCUAGAAUGAAAUUAAAAAGCACAUAACUUAAAAAUUAAUAACGCUCCCACCGUUUAAAUAUUAAAUUAUUGUUAGUGGUGAAAGUGAUAUUGUUCUGUAUAUUUAUCAUUAAUUUUUUAUCGAAUGUUGUCACUAUUGAUCUGUUGUAACAAUGAGACUGUUAACGUUGUACCAACCGAAUCUAGUAGCCUAUUACAAUUCUCAUUGUUUCAAUGGAUAUUUCUGGCAAGUCUCACUAUAGGUUCUAAUAUUAUUUUAUCUCCCUAUUAUCGCUGUAUUCAGAAUACUUUUCAACGUCCGCGCUUUAUUUCUAUUGAGAAUAAUGAUUCGGAGGUGAAUAUUCGCUCUCAAACUAAAUGUUAUCUCUCACAGUAGAAACUUUCUCAUUUUUGAUCGAUGCUUUGUUAAAAUUUCAAUGCUAUGAUUCUUAAUAAGCUACUUUCAUCUGAUAUUUUAUACUUUAAUCACUAAUUAUAAUAAUUAUUAUCCACUUCAUAUACAUUAUCAAUAUCUUUUUCUCAAAAAAAGUUGGCAUUUUUUACAUUGCUGGAAAUGUGCAAGUUUAUUGUAUUAGUAUUCAUUCCAUUCAUUAUCUUUGAAGCUACGCGCAAUUUUUGAAAUCUGUUUAGAUUUUUUUCUCUUUCUACUAAUAUUAUAAUAGUUGUACAAAAUUUUCAUAAUAGAUAUGAAAUAUCUAACUAUAAAUAUUGUUAUUGCCAUAGAUACUGGGUUUAAGGAACACAGAUGUAUUAUUCCAACAAGUGUUAUGAAUUAUUUCAGAAGUAUCCAAAGAAUAAAUUUUAUUUUGUCCAUUAUGGGAGCGUACCUCGUGUAUUCAUCAUCAGGUCAUGAUGAGAGUGAAGUAAUUUUGAUAUUGAAAACGAUUUUUCAUGAAUAUAUCACUUUAAAUUUUGUUGAAAAUUUAUAAUAAAAUACGGCUGUAUCCAAUAUCUGUCUAUUAUAGCCAAAUCUUAGAAAAUAAAAUGUAGUCUAUUUGUGUGACAAUAUAACUGAAGAAGUAUUGUCAUUGUAAUACUAGAUGAAGAUAUGACUGUUGAAAUAUCAAUAUAGUUCUUAUAAAAUCUACUAGUCUUCAUUAACAGUUGAACUGUUUGAUAAUAAUUGAAGGAGAACCUUCAUUAGAUUUUGUUAAUUGGUUGACGAUGUAUUUAUAUCGUGAUUACUGUUUUGUAAGAUUCGAUGGAGAGAAUACAUAAGUUGCUUUAAUAUUUUUCCUAUAUUCCUCAAGUGUAUAUAUGCAUUUUUCGAUUUUUGUAUCAGUGAGAAAUUAUUUUCUGUUGUACAAGAAAUAUUUAUUGAAAAAUUAUUUUAAAGUGGUAUAUAUUUUUUAAUUUUGUAAUUUUUCUCAUUAUGUUUUGUUCAUUUGUAAAGUGUUUUAUAUUGUUGAAUUAAAUUCAAUUCAAUCGA